AUUUAUUUUUCUUGAUGUAUGCUUAGUAAAAUGAUUCAAUUUAAAGUUUUAAAGCUUGAUGAGAUCAGUCAGGAGUUUCACAGGAGGAGGAGGAGGAGGAGGAAGGUCUCUAUGUUUAAGGAGGUCUGCAGGAGAGACUCGGACGCUUUCAUGAGGAUGGCAGCGAAAAAGACUCGACACGUUUGCGUCCUUUUACCCUCCAAACGGCAUCUAGACUGCACUGUAGGGGUCAAAGCCAGAGGUCAGGAGGUGUGGAGCAGCGUGCUGAGGCAGCUGGGAGUCGGGGACCUGCAAGUGUUUGCUCUGGCUGUUCUCAGAGAUAAUGAAUACAUCUUUCUUGAUUUGGACCGAAAGCUAAGCAAGUAUUUUUGCAAGAAAUUGAACAGAGAGUCGUCAAAGGUCCCGUACAUCUUGUUUUUAAGAAUCAAAUUUUAUGUGGAAAGUGGCCUGUUAAUAAUGAGCAGCAGAGUGCAGCAGCUGUACUAUGCAGAGCUGAGGCAGAAGCUGCUGCUUUCUCAGAGUCGUGGUCAGGAGGUUUUGCUCUUCCAGCUCGCCGCUUUGGCCCUCCAAGCCGAGGUUGGAGAUCGAGAAAAGAAGUAGAAAAAAAUCAAUUUUUCUUGGUGUGGCAAUGACAGGAAUCCAUAUUUAUCAAGAAAUCAAUGGGAUUCAACAGAUCCUUUUAGACUUUUCCUGGAACGAUAUUGACUCUUUGACGUUUCAGGGAAGCAAGUUUGAAAUCAUGUCAUCCGGCUCUCUGUGCCUCUCCAAGCUGGUGUAUUACUCUCCUUCUGCUUUCCACUCCAAACACAUCCUGAUGCACAUCAGAGACAGCCACCGGCUGCACCUCAGCACCAGGGAAGCCGCCAGCUACAUUCAACAUUUGGAGGACAUGGAGGCCCGACGCAUCUACAGAGAGUCCUACAUCUGUGACACGACGGCCUUAAAGCAGAGGCUUCAGAGCUUCCUGUCCUCCAUGUCUGACUGCAGCGCUGAAGAGGAGGCAGAGGAGGAGGAAGAUGAAGCGAAGCAGUGGAUGGAUGAAGACUUCGUCGAUGACCCUGCGGAUGUGCCGUGGUUGGCUGAGCUGCUGUAUGGAGUGUCUGUGGAUGGACCUUUGGUGUUGACCUCCUCCUGCUGGGCAGCUGUCACUGCGGAAAUGACACAGGUUCUGUGGAGGAGGGCUGCAGAAGAAGAGUCUGUGGACUGAUCAUGAAGGAUUAAUCCUAUUUCUAAACACAGGAAGAGCAGGAGUUGAAGUUCUGUCAUCUAUCAAACACAAAAGCAGUUUCAAAUCAAAAUGUUUGCUUUAUUUUGAAAAUCAUGGAUGCAGCUUGCACGUUUUAACACACUCUCUGAGUAAAUUGUGUUUUCAGCUUUCAUAUUGUGACAACUUUUUAUGUUUCAUUGGUUGUAUGAAUGAGCUCUUAGAUGAUUAAUAAUAAUAAUCUGUUUCCUCUGAGGACCCUUUCACAAUAAAACACAUUAAAUUGGUUUUGCAUUACUGGAUGAAGUCUGAUAUUUAGAAUGAUUUGAAUUUUAUUUGUGAAAACACACCAGUGUAAUCUGCUUUUAUCACACAUAAAUAAAUAAAUGUAAAUAAGCAGAUUAUUAUAUUCAUAUUAAAGAAAAAAAAGUUAAAUUAAGCAUACUAGGGGUGGGAUCAUAUCCAUUUGCCUUCUCUCACUGCUUUUCAAUUAAACUCCAUUUGACAAACUUUAUAUUUAAUAGAUUCAAUAUGUCCUGUACUGUAUGUAUUGUGAUAAAAUGUCUAUGAUUAAAAGUAAUUACAAUGUCAUCACUAACGUGUAUGUGUUUAUCUGCAUUUACUUUGACGUUUUUCUAUUUUUCACUUAAUUUCUGACUUGAGUAUCACAACAAAAUUGCAUAUAUUUAAGUAUAGAUGUAUUAUUCUUUUGUUUGUCUUCUUUAGUUUAGUUUUUUAUGUUUGAUUUCUUAAAAGUUAAUAAACCAAGUCCAAUUUUUCAAUUUAAACUAUUGAAUUUAUGUUAAAAAAAGAUUAGAAAGAAAUGUUUUGUAAAAAAUUACACAUUUUUGACAUGAAUUAAUAAACCGUGUAAAAACGAACAAUUUAAAUUUAAAUUUUUACUCAACGUUUAAAAAAAAAGAUAUAUAUAUUUUUUAGCGUAUUCUGUAUGUAAAUGAGUAAAAUAAAUCUUUGAACA